GCGGAGUCGGAAACGCGCAGUCGGUCCGUCGAUCUGCGGCUCCGGGAUCAGCUCUCUGUCGCUCCGGUCCUCCGGGGAAAGCUUCUUCUCCAGCCCGCACAAAGCGGCGGAUCUUCGGCCUCGCUGACGGACGGACGGCGGGCGGGCAGCGGGGACAGACCGGCUCGGCUCGGCUCGGCUCGGCUCGCUGCGGCGGAAAAGCCCGGACGGAGGCCCGCAGUGCGCGCUCCGCCUCCCGCAGGCCUCCGGCCCGGACUCCCGCGGUUCUCCCGGAAAAUGGACGGUUUCACCGGCAGCCUCGAUGACAGCAUGUCGGCAGCGAGCGUCUCAGAUGUCAACGACCGCCUCUCGUCUCUGGAGCUCCGGGUUCAGCAGCAGGAGGACGAGCUGACGGUGAUGAAGGCGGCGCUCGCCGACGUUCUGCGCCGCCUCGCCGCCUCCGAGGUGUCAGCGGCCGCGGCGUCCUCCAAGAAACAACACGGAGGGAAAGGUGGUUCUGCACUGCGUGAAGCGUACUCGAUGUCCUGCAUCGCUAACGGAGGAACAUCGGGACGAAAGAGAGACUCGACGUCCGUCACCAGGAAGGAGACGCUGUCGUCAGCCGCCAAGAGUGGGUCAGACAGGAAGAAGGAGGUCAGCAGGUCUCAGAUGGAGGAGAUCCAGGAACGUGAGGAACCUCCUCGCCAGAAGGACCCGCCCUCCUCCUCCUCCCCCACCCCCCCCCUCCCCCCCCAGACCCCCCCCCAGCAGAGACCGGUCCAAUCCGCUGACGGCAGUAGAGGCCACGCCCCCCAGAAAAGGGGGACCAGUGCUAAGCGCUCCUCCGGGGUCAUGGAGCGCUCUCAGAGCUCUAACUUUGACUCUUCAGAGGAAAACAGGAACAAACUGGUGAAAGCUGCGUCCACGUCCAAGCUGCUCGCCAAGGUGGUAAAGAACGCCGACAGACACAGGGAGCCGGUGGUCAGUCAAGCCAAAAUGUCGACGCGAGAGAAAAACAGCAACGCCGAGGGGAACCACAUUAAGAUGUUCAUGCGCGGUCGACCGAUCACCAUGUUCAUCCCUUCAGAUGUGGAGAACUACGACGACGUCCGGACAGAACUUCCUUCAGAGAAACUCAAGCUGGAGUGGGUCUAUGGUUACCGCGGCAGAGACUGCCGAGCAAACGUUUACCUCCUCCCGACCGGAGAGAUCGUUUACUUCGUGGCGUCCGUCGUCGUCCUGUUUAACUACGAGGAGCGGACUCAGAGACAUUUCCUGGGACACACCGACUGCGUCAAAUGUCUGGCCAUCCACCCGGACAAGAUCCGCAUCGCUACGGGACAGAUCGCAGGAGUGGACAAAGACGGACGGGCGCUGCAGCCUCACGUCCGGGUCUGGGACAGCGUCAGCCUGUCCACGCUGCAGGUCCUCGGACUGGGGACGUUCGAGAGAGGGGUCGGCUCGCUGGCUUUCUCCAAGGCUGACUCUGGACAGCACCUGAGUGUGAUUGACGACUGUAACGACCACAUGUUGACGGUUUGGGAUUGGCAGAAGAACAAGAAGAUCGCAGAGAUCAAGACCACUAACGAGGUGGUCCUGGCUGUGGAGUUCCAUCCCACCGACCCAAACACCAUCGUCACCUGUGGAAAGUCCCACAUCUUCUUCUGGACCUGGACCGGGAACUCUCUGGCUCGUAAACAGGGAAUCUUUGGGAAAUACGAGAAGCCAAAGUUCGUCCAGUGUCUGGCGUUCCUGAGUACUGGAGACAUUCUGACCGGAGACUCUGGAGGAAUUCUGCUGGUCUGGACCAGGAGCUCCACGGAGAACCCCACCGGGAAGGGAACCAGAGCGUUCCAGAUCAGCCGGCAGGUCAAAGGUCAUGAGGGCAGUGUGUUGUGUGUGUGUGAGAUGAGGAACGGCUCUCUGCUGACCGGAGGACAGAAAGACCACAAGAUCAUCCUGUGGGACAGCCAGCUGGGACACACAGACAGGGACAUAGAGGUACCCGAUCAAUAUGGGACCAUCCGCGCCGUGUCUGAGGGGAAGGGGGACGAAUUUCUGGUGGGGACGUCUCGUAACUUCAUCCUGAGGGGGACAUUCAACGACGGCUUCCUGGUGGAGGUCCAGGGACACACGGACGAGCUGUGGGGUUUGGCCUCUCACCCGUCCAGAGGGAUGUUUCUGACGUGUGCUCAGGACCGGCUGGUCUGUUUCUGGAGCUCCGAGGACCACAGUCUGCAGUGGAGCCGCACGCUGGAGGAACACGGACACUGUGCAGACUUCCAUCCCAGCGGAGACGUGGUCGCCAUAGGAACGCACUCAGGAAAGUGGUACGUUCUGGACGCUGAGACCACGGACCUGGUGGCGAUCCACACCGACGGGAACGAGCAGCUGUCCGUCAUGCGUUUCUCUCAAGAUGGCGUUCUAUUGGCUGUUGGAUCACAUGACAACUUCAUUUACCUCUACACCGUCUCCGAGAGAGGACGCAAGUACAGCCGGUACGGGAAGUGCACGGGACAUUCCAGCUACAUCACACACCUGGACUGGUCACCUGACAACAGCUUCAUCAUGUCCAACUCUGGAGACUACGAGAUCCUCUACUGGGACGUUCCCAACGGUUGUAAACUGAUCAGAAACCGUUCAGAGUGUAAAGACAUCGACUGGGCCACUUACACCUGCGUCCUGGGAUACCACGUCUUCGGUGUGUGGCCGGAGGGUUCAGACGGCACCGACAUCAACGCUCUGAUCAGAUCCCACAACAGGAAGGUGAUCGCUCUGGCUGACGACUUCUGUAAGGUUCACCUGUUCUCCUACCCAUGCUCCACCCCCAAGGCUCCCAGCCAUAAGUACGGCGCCCACAGCAGCCAUGUGACCAACGUCAGCUUCCUGUACAACGACAGUCACCUGAUCUCUACGGGGGGGAAGGACACCAGCAUCAUGCAGUGGCGCCUGGUGGACAAACCUUCUCUCUCGCUCGCUGACGGCGUCCUCUGUAGCUCCGCCCCCCACCGCCCGCUGCUGGAGAAACCGUCUCUGUCGCUGGCUGACGGCGUCCUCUGCAGCUCCACCCCUCACCGCGACCACGCCCUCUAUCCGCCGCUGGCUCCUCCCCCCCCAGCAGCAGCAGCCACGCCCCCUCCCCUGACGACCAAUGGUACCCAAGAACUCUCUCCGGACACUCCACCCCCUACAGAUUUAGCCCCACCCCCCUCAGAUUUAACCCCGCCCCCUUCGGACAGCACGGCGAGCCUGAAGGACAGCCUGGAGCCUAGCGACGACACAGCCACGCCCAGCGACGAGGGGCUGCCCCCCCUCACCCCCCCCUCGUAGACGGGGAGGGUCUGUGUGUGUGAGUGUUGGUGUAGCUGUUCUUGUGAGGACCUUGUGGGGUCAUUUUUACUUUGUCAGGCGGCUUAGAUAAAGAAAGGGGACACACCGGACAAAAGCACCACAUUUUUUCCACAUGCUCUCAAUCACCAUAAGUUUCAAUUUUUUUGUAGGAGCCAUAUAAAAUCUAUGAGAACCAAUAUAUCUUUCAAGCCACUCAGAAGGUCAAUUUUAGUGUCAAAAUCUACAUUUUCUGGGUCAAAGAAUCAUUUAAAGCUAUAAAGAAAUGUUUGUGAAUCAGAGUGAGAUGUUUGUUUCUGUGUGUAUAUUUGUGUUGACCACCAGGGGGCAGCAGCUCCUCAGCUACACUGUCAAUCAUCCAGCCUCACAUCUCUCAGCCAAUCAGGACACAGGAAACACCUCUCCACUCCUCUGAUUGGCUGCUUUUCAAUGACUCAAUGAAUGACUGCUGAUGUUUGUUUUCGUCUCUUCUGGACCAUUUCUGUUCAAAAUGUUUUCUGAUGCAGUCACUCUGGGGGGGGGGGGGGGGGGCCUUCAUGUUUUUGCCU